ACAAUAUUUUGCUCACAACAAAAUUCAAACAACAAAAUAAUGUAAAAAUCAACAAACAACAAAAAAACCCUUAACGAAGUAUACGAUUCAAUGCAAUUAUUAAAUUAAAUUUAAAAACAAAAAUAUUUAAACCUACAUUUUUGUCUGCCAUACGAUAUAUAAAAUAAAACAAAUAUAUAUAUAUAUAUAUAUAUAUCGGAAAAUCCAAACAAAGUUAUACGCUACAACAAAACAAAUUCUAUACGAAAAAAACGUACCAAGUGCAAAAAACAAAACAAAACAAAAAUUUAUGAAUAUUGUGUCAAAUUACGAAUAAGUUCUGAUCGACAAAUCCUGUUAGCCAGGAUAUAGAACAAACUGCAGCAAAGUUCUCUAUCAAAACCGUCAAAAUUCAACAAAAUCUCAACAUGUUGCACGAGGCAUUGAUGCUCGAGAUCUACAGACAGGCGCUAAAUGCCGGCGCUUUGCCCACAGCUCGUCCCCGUUCCACGGAAUCGGCCAAUUCCAGCGAGCGGUGUCCCUCGCACGAAUCCAAUUCCUCCGACAAUGGGGGGCAGCGCGGGGACAACAGCGGAGGGGGUGUGAUGCCAGCCACAUCCAUGCACUCGACAUUCCCGGCCGUGCCGCAGAACCUGCCCGCACAGCCCCCCUCCAUGGAGGCGUAUCUGCAUAUGGUGGCCGCGGCCGCACAGCAGUACGGCUUCCCCUUGGCUGCGGCGGCGGCCGCAGGACCCCGCCUGCCCCUGCCCCUGCCCAAUGAGGCGGCGGCCCCGUUCAAGCUGCCACCGCAAGCAUCGCCCACGGCCUCCAGCAAUCACUCGGAGGCGCUGGACUUUCGCACGAAUCUUUAUGGCCGGGCGGAGUCCGCCGAGCCGCCAGCCUCCGAGGAGGAGGAGGACUUCGAUGACGGGGCCAACAAUCCCCUGGAUCUGUCGGUGGGCACACGGAAACGCGGCCACGACGCCGAGCCACAGCUGGGCCACAUCCAGGUGAAGAAGAUGUUCAAGUCGGAGAGUCCCCCGGCGAUUCCUUCGCCUACGCCGGCGCCGCCCACUGCCAGCCAACUGAUGCCCGGAGUGAAUCCCUAUCUGGCGGCUGUGGCGGCCGCCAAUAUUUUCCGCGCCGGACAGUUUCCCGACUGGAAUGGCAAAAGCGAUCUGGUGGUGGAUCCCCUCGAGAAGAUGUCGGACAUUGUGAAGGGAGGCGCCCAAGGACACAAGGAGAAGCAUCAUCAUCAUCAUCAUCAGUCGAAGGCCACACCGCCCGCACAGUCAGCACCGCCAAAGAGUCCCGCACAGCAGCAGCAACAGCAACAACAGCAGCAGCAACAACAGCAGCAGCAGCAGGGAUCCAACAACAGCCACAAUUCCGAGGGAGGAUCUGGUGCAGCAGCAGGUGCCACACCCGCCUCCGGUGGCGGCGUCACCAAGGCCCGCCACAACAUCUGGCAAUCGCAUUGGCAGAACAAGGGCGUGGCCAGCUCCGUCUUCCGGUGUGUGUGGUGCAAGCAGAGCUUCCCCACCCUGGAGGCCCUGACCACCCACAUGAAGGACAGCAAACACUGCGGCGUGAAUGUGCCACCGUUCGGGAAUCUGCCGAGCAACAACCCCCCCCAGCACCAGCACCAGCACCACCAGCAGCACCACCAUCCGGCACCACCGCCGCCACCGCAGAACCACCAGAAUAUGCGCAAGCAGGGGGGCGGCGGCGGCUCCCAGGCGAAUCACUCCCCCUCGGCGAACGUGAAGAACGCGUUUCAGUACCGCGGGGAUCCCCCGACGCCGCUGCCCCGGAAGCUGGUGCGCGGCCAGAACGUGUGGCUGGGGAAGGGCGUGGAGCAGGCCAUGCAGAUCCUCAAGUGCAUGCGGUGCGGCGAGAGCUUCCGCUCGCUCGGCGAGAUGACCAAGCACAUGCAGGAGACGCAGCACUACACGAACAUCCUCUCGCAGGAGCAGAGCAUCUCCAUCAAGUCCCAGAACCAGGCCAACGCCAAUGCGGACUCCAAGGACAACCACAACAACAGCCUCAGCUCCGAGGAGAGCCGCACCCUGAGCGCCGUGCUCACGUGCAAGGUGUGCGACAAGGCCUUCAACAGUCUCGGCGACCUGAGCAAUCACAUGGCCAAAAACAAUCACUACGCCGAGCCGCUGCUCCAGAAUGCAGGCGCCCGCAAGAGGCCGGCCCCCAAGAAGAGGGAGAAGUCCCUGCCGGUGAGGAAACUCCUGGAAAUGAAGGGCGGCGGGGCGGGCAAUCAGGACGAUUUGGCAGCGGAGAAGAGUGCUGUUCAAGGCAAGCCCGGCCUCGGACCGGGCGGAGGGGACAAAAACGAUGCCGCUUUGUUUGCGGAACGCAUGCGGCAGUACAUAACGGGUGUGAAGUCCCCGGAGGAGAUCGCCAAGGUGGCUGCCGCUCAGCUGUUGGCCAAAAACAAAUCGCCCGAGCUGCUGGAGCAGAAGAACGGCAAUGCCAAGCCGGGCAAUUCCUCGGUACUGAGUGCCAUCGAGCAGAUGUUCACCACCAGCUUUGAUACGCCGCCGCGGCACGCCAGCCUCCCGGCGAGCAGUCCCUCCAACUCGUCCACCAAGAACACCUCCCCCGUGGCCAGCAGCAUCCUGAAACGCCUCGGCAUCGACGAGACGGUCGACUACAAUAAGCCCUUGAUCGACACGAAUGAUCCGUACUAUCAGCACUAUCGGUACACGAGCAGCGAGCGGAGCGGCAGCGAGUGCAGUGCGGAGGCGGCCAGGCCACGUCUGGACGCCCCAACGCCCGAGAAGCAGCAGCCGCUGAUGGCCUCCGCCUCCGCCUCCGCCAUGGAGGAGUCUUCGGCCGGCAAGUCCGUGGGCAGCAUCAAGCAGGAGGAGGCCAUCAAAAUGGAGAUCAAGUCUGAGAUCAGCGACGAGCAGAACGAUGACACGGCCAUGCCGUCGCCCAAAAUGGAGGCCACCCUGGUCAACGGCAGCUACACCGCCUCCUCCGCUGCCAACAACAAUAACAACAACAACAACAACAAUGUGGAGCGGGCCUCGCCCAAGACCCCCUCGGUGGCAGGGAGCCCGCAGUCGAGGCUCCUGCCGCCGCGUAGUCCGGCGGACAGCCAGCGAUCGGCCACGCCCAAGUCUCCAGCCUCCAGCCACAAGUCCUACGACGGCAGCGAGGGCAACAAAAAGUAUCCCAGUGACUCCCUGAAUGCUCUGUCCUCGAUGUUCGAUUCGUUGGGGGCCAGCGGCGGCGGGGCCGCAGCCAAUACGAGAGCCAAGCUGGCCGCCGCUGCAGCCGCUGCCACCGGGGGAGUCCUGCCCGUGGCCGGCGGUAGCGAGUCUCCGGAGAAUCUAAGCGCCAGCAAUUCGCUGGCGGCCUUGCGACAGUUCUGCGUGAAGAAGGAGAAGACCGCCUAAGAGCUGGAGCUGCUCGGCCGCAAACCGGACCGUUCCGUAAAACGCUCUCGUUAGCCUCGUUUUUUCGUUGUUUUCGCGCAAACAAAAAGCAUUUUAAACACAAAUUUUUUUGGUUUUGCCUGCGCGUUGCCCACACGCCGCCUCCCCCCCGAAACGGCCACACCCCCAAAGACCCCCAUGCACUUUUUGGGCGGCGUUUAUUAGGGGGGGGCGGACUGCGGCAACCAUUCAGAGAGAAGAGAAGAGAGAGAAUCAGGAGUCAAAAGUACUGCCACUUGGACGACACUUUGGCGACAGGAUGCAAAAGGACACCACCGAGAUAUGGAGAUGUGUAUUCGGUAUCACGAAACGAUUAUAAUGAAGACAAUGAUUGAGAGGAGUUAGCGAAUAGUCCAAUCAUUCACUCAAUCAAGAUACCAGGCGGCAGUUGGGGAUUGAAUCCCCAAGGCGUUCAGCAAGCCUUAAGGCCUACUUUUUCAAGGAUAUAUUAAACUUGGGAUCCUUGAAAAACUAUGGCUUGGAAUGGCUGAUCAUUUGGUGGGUUUUUGUUGUUAGAGAAAAACCACACAAGCCCUUGUCAGGGCUGCCACAUCUCUCUGCAAAGAGUUAUGAAAUUUGAAGAAAAAGAAAACAUUGUGAUCCAAUAAAAAAAGAAAAAGAAAAGAAACAAGUUUUUAUGAACAU